GGGCGGUCCUCGGCGGCGGCGCGCGGCCUGGGCUCGCGCUGGGCUCCGCGCGCCCCCCGCCCCCUCUGUGAGGCAGAGGCCGCGGCGGCCGUUAGCGCUGUCGCUCCGGGGGCCGCGGCGGGCGGGGCUCCGGCGGGGCCCGGCCUAGUCCCCACCCAGCCCGGCUCCGAGCCGCCCGCCCUCCCUCCCUCACCCCGAUGCAGGGGGCCGAGCUCCGGGACGGCGAGGCGGCGGCGGCCGCCGCUUCGUACCGGGUCCUGAGCCGCCUCCUCGGCUAUGGAGAGGCGGCCCCCGAGCCAGGCCCGCCGCCGCCGCCCCCGGGCCAUGGCCCGUCGCCGCCACCCUUCCUCGCUCGGCCCGGCCCGCGGGGCGCCCGGCCGCCGCAGCUGAUGGUGUUCCGCAACGUGGGGCGGCCGCCGGAGGAAGAGGACGCGGAGGCGGCCCCGGAGCCGGGACCCUCGGAACUGCUGUGUCCCCGGCACCGCUGUGCGCUGGAUCCCAAGGCCCUCCCGCCGGGCUUGGCGCUCGAGCGGACCUGGGGUCCGGUGUCUGGACUAGAGGCGCAGCUGGCUGCUUUGGGGCUCGGGCAGCCGGCGGGGCCGGGGGUCAAGACUGCCGGCGGAGGCUGCUGCCCGUGCCCGUGCCCGUGCCCCCCGCAGCCGCCGCCGCCGCAGCCCCCGCCGCCUGCUGCCGCCCCGCAGGCCGGGGAGGACCCCACGGAGACGAGCGACGCGCUGCUGGUCCUAGAAGGCUUGGAAUCGGAGGCCGAGAGCCUGGAGACUAACAGCUGUUCAGAAGAGGAGCUCAGCAGCCCGGGCCGUGGAGGAGGAGGGGGUGGCCGGCUUCUGUUGCAGCCCCCGGGCCCCGAACUACCCCCGGUGCCCUUCCCGCUGCAGGACUUGGUCCCUCCAGGGCGCCUGAGCCGAGGGGAGCAUCAGCAUCAGCAUCAGCAACCUCCCCCACCGCCACCGCCUCCCGGGCCCCUCCGGCCCCUCGCGGGCCCUUCUCGAAAGGGCUCCUUCAAAAUCCGUCUCAGUCGUCUGUUUCGCACGAAGAGCUGCAACGGCGGCUCGGGCGGUGGGGAUGGGACCGGCAAGAGGCCUUCUGGAGAUCUGGCAGCUUCAGCUGCGAGCCUGACGGACAUGGGAGGCUCUUCGGGCCGGGAGCUGGAUGCGGGGAGGAAACCCAGGUUGACAAGAACUCAAAGUGCCUUUUCUCCGGUCUCCUUCAGCCCCUUGUUCACAGGUGAGACAGUGUCGCUUGUGGAUGUGGACAUUUCUCAGCGGGGCCUGACCUCUCCACACCCUCCAACUCCCCCUCCUCCUCCAAGAAGAAGCCUCAGCCUUCUAGAUGAUAUCAGUGGGACGCUGCCUACAUCUGUCCUUGUGGCUCCGAUGGGGUCUUCCUUGCAGUCUUUCCCCCUACCUCCGCCUCCUCCGCCCCACGCCCCAGAUGCAUUUCCCCGGAUUGCUCCCAUCAGAGCAUCAGAGUCCCUGCACAGCCAGCCCCCUCAGCACCUCCAGUGUCCCCUCUACCGGCCUGACUCCAGCAGCUUUGCAGCCAGCCUUCGAGAACUGGAGAAGUGUGGUUGGUAUUGGGGCCCUAUGAAUUGGGAGGAUGCAGAGAUGAAACUGAAAGGGAAGCCAGAUGGUUCUUUCCUGGUACGAGACAGCUCUGAUCCUCGUUACAUCCUGAGCCUCAGCUUUCGAUCACAGGGUAUCACCCAUCACACUAGAAUGGAGCACUAUAGAGGAACUUUCAGCUUAUGGUGCCACCCCAAGUUUGAGGAUCGCUGUCAGUCUGUGGUAGAGUUCAUCAAGAGAGCCAUCAUGCACUCUAAGAAUGGGAAAUUUCUCUAUUUCUUGAGAUCCAGGGUUCCAGGACUGCCACCAACACCAGUACAGCUGCUCUAUCCAGUAUCCAGAUUCAGCAAUGUCAAGUCCCUUCAGCAUCUUUGCAGAUUUCGGAUCCGGCAACUUGUCCGAAUAGAUCAUAUUCCGGAUCUCCCACUGCCUAAACCUUUGAUCUCUUACAUUCGAAAGUUCUACUACUAUGAUCCUCAGGAAGAGGUGUACCUGUCCCUAAAGGAAGCGCAGCUCAUUUCCAAACAGAAACAAGAGGCGGAGCCGUCCACGUAGCAGCCCUCCAUGUAUGCUGUUCAGCAUAAAGGCGUUUUGAUUGCCAAGCUCCAGUUUGAAGAACCAAAUGAAGCUACCACAAAAGAACUUGGCAGAAAGAGAAUAGAGUGGGGUGUAAUUCCGGCACAGACUUUGGCUCCCCUGCAGCUCUGGGGCUUGGAAGAAGCACACAGCCAUCCUCCAAGUGGAGCUCCUCAUUCUACCCAACCCUGUGUCGUCAUCCCCCACCCCACCCCCAUUCUACCCACCUCUACCCAACCCUGUGUCGUCACCACUGCCCCACUCCCAACUAGAUGAGCUCCUUGGAAAACUGGAAGAAGUCGUAACACUGUUUCUUUUCAGAAGUUGUUUUGAUAUUUACAUUUCUCAGUGUAGAAAACUGGAAGGCAGCUGGGUUGAAUACCCAUUGAGUUGAAAGUGGUGUUGGGAUGAGCAGGUCAGGGAAAGGAGAGGGGAGGGCCGGUGGCUUAGCUGGCGCCAAAGGCAGCAUUGAAGUCUUUCCUAUGAACCUGGUGGAGGGGUGGGGGGCGGAGAAGUAGAGAAGGAUGAGAUUGGUAGUUUCUGAGAAAAGGCAUCUGAUUCUCCUCUCCAGCUUCAGGAGGAGAGAAGAGGUGGUAGGUAAAAGAGAAGCUGGCUGGUCUUGUUUGCUGGAGGAAUAGUGAGUCCCCACUCUCUUCCUUUUUAAGAGUUACAAACCUGGUUUCAGAAUCACCUUUCAUGGAAUCAGUGUUCAUUUUGUUGUGCUAAAUUCCUUAAGCUCAGUGACCCGAAGCAAACCCAGCUCUCCCUCCGUCCUCCCCACUCCCCAUUGGUAACUGUACGUUUCACUUUGGUUAUAACACACUCCUAUUGCUUUUGCCAGCUGUCAAGUCAGUGGUGUUUCUUGUCACCUGGGAAGUUCAGUGCUCCAGUCCUGGGCUGCCAGGUUAAUGGAGCAUGCUUCCAGGUUCUUCAUGGCAAAGCAUACCUACAGCUGAGGAGUCUGUGUUACCCCGUCUGUCAGCUAGUGAGAGGAAAUGUGGAGGAAGUGAGAGACACAGCUAUUGUGCGUCUAAAGGAGCCUUCAUAUCUCAGCAUUAAUGGGAUUUCUAUCUUGUAGAGAGAGCAUCGAAUCUCAUGAUCAUAGAUUUAUCACUAUCAUCCCACCUCUGGGAUGGAGGUGUGGCAAGGGCUUCCUCAUUUUUCCACAUUCAUUCUUGCAACCCAGACAUUUCCUGAGUCAGACCCCAUUAACCUUCCUUUACUGGUACGUCUUUCGGUUGCUAGUUUGAAGACAUCUGUUUUCCAGAUGGAUGUGAAGUAAGGAAAGAACUUUGGUGCUUGAGCAGUCUUUGUGUCUGAAACUGGCCAUGGCCAGUCAUAGGCUGCCUAAGUGUGCUCUCCUAGAGUCACUCUGGAAGAAGUAACUGUCAAGAUGGACAGUGGAGCUGUUGGGUCUUCCUUACUCUCCUGUAGUGUUCCAUGUGACAGCCUCCUGAGUUCUCUGCUUGUGUCAGCCUCAUAUGACAAACUAAACAUAGUCAGGUUGGAGUUCUAGAUGAUUUAGGGUGAAGCCCUGUGUCUUGGAAACUUAGAAAACUAUCUCAUCUGGAAAGUGCCCUGUGGGCUUCCUCUGUAGAGUCACCUUCCUCCUUUAGCCAAACAAAGGAAAUGUGCUUCCUCAGUAGCUGUAAAGAAAAAUGGACUCUGUGUCAGUUAGCCCACCUCUGAUAUGUCUCACGGUACCCUUUUCCUCCUUGACUUAAUACUACCAACAGUAUAAGAUCAUGAUUCAGAGAUUAGCAUAUCUGUGAGUUCUGCCUCUGGAGGGUACAGGUCUCUCACCAUCAUAUAGAAAGGGCUGUUCUGCAGUACAGCCCCAAAUCUAGAAUCCAUAGAGAUCUUAAAAUGGUUAAUAUGUAGUUUGGAGGGGUUCUGUCUCCAAUUUCAGUCACCCAUAAUUUAAAAAGUAGUUUUUAUCCUGUGUUUGCAUGGCUCUGAGAUAGGUAAUGUGGAAUGACAUAAGAGGUAGAAGACAAGAUCGCUUCCCGGAGCUAUAAAGUGACUGUUGCAUAUAAAGGAAUUGGAGAGCAACUCAUUGCAGCAGAAGAUCAAGGACCAUCUUUAAAGAUAGAGUGGGUGUGAUCAGGGUAGACCAGAUGGUCUAGGAAAGCUCUGUGGUGAUGAGGCUUUGGGUUGUAGGCUAGGGCAGUGUAACAGAACACUCAAACUAAAGCACAGAAGGAGAAAUCUGUGGCAAGUGUGCAGCUGCCUUAAAAGCAUCAGAGUCCUAUUUGACAACAGCAAAGGUCUAGACUGAAACUUCUCAGUAGUUGGACAGGUCUGAAGAUGAAGGGGGUGUGUGUGUGAAGGUGUGGUGGAGGACAAAACCAGAAGUCAGCAGACACCUCUGUGGUACUAGGGUUACCAGUGGAGAAUUUACUUAUUCAGGUGCUCCUGUGGAGCAUGGGCAACUCACUGUUUUUGGCCUGGAAAAGUGUCCUGCUGCACUGUGCUCAUGAUCUGCAUGUGUUUCAGACACAGCCCAACUGGUCUGAUCCUUCCUUGGUAGAAUGGGCUGUAAAACAGCAGUGUGGGAGAUGGCUCUGUGAGGCAUGGCUUGGCACAAGGGAGGCCUUGUGUAGAAGGGAAUGGUUGGAGAGAGCAGUUGAGGCAGUUAACUGUACUGCAGGCUGGUUGGACAACGGGAGCAGGAGCUAGGCCAGAAGUCAGCAUUGGCUUUCGCCCUCUGCCCAUGCUGGACAGAGCAGGUGGAAAUGCAGUCCACAGAGGUGACUCACUUGUCUUUGGUGGUUAUGUGCCAGCCACAAACCAGGAAAGGCCAUCACUUCUAGAGACCUGCUGUGGAUUUCUGAGUUGUGUUUGGGGGAAGUCACUACUCCCAGACCCAGCCUAUGUAACCUUCAUUUGCUUAUUACUGAUCAGUUGUAACCUUCCUCAAGAUAGGUAUGUGUCAGUGUACGCUAGUGACAGCUACUGCUACAACCUAUUAUUACUUGAAAUGCAUGUCCGUGCUGAUAGCGUAGGCAUGGGGGGAGCAGGGCCUUGGCUGUGGGGUCCAGUUGUCCUGGUUUGAUGUUUAGGCUGAUCAUGGCCUAGUUUCCUGCUUUUGCCAAGGUGAAGUAUAUGAAGAUGGCAGUGCCAGCUUCUUGAAAAAGCUUGGAAGUGUCCCAUAGUUCUGUUUCUCCUUCCCCACUGUCACUUAGGCUAAGCAGGGAGUGAUGGGAUGGCUACACAUUCCCCUCUGAUAUACAUCCCUUAAAAACUGGGGUAUAGUUCAAAGUACAGUCCCAGGAAGUACCCCAGGGAGCCACCACCUUUCAGCCUUUCCCCGUGCUCCUAGAAGGGCAUGGCUUGCUUGGAGCCCCUAUUCCAAUUGGAAGUAGGGACAGGAGAAACUUAACCCAAGGAAAGAUAUUUUCUUUCCUCCUUGUCGCCUCUCCUGACCUUUGAAUCCAGGAGUCAGAGGUCAAGUCACUGAGAUGUAAGGAGCUGCCACAAGUUUUGGAAGUCUAUAUAAGUGUGUCUCCUCAUUUGUAGAAGUCUUGUCUGCUGUUGGGGUGUUUGGAACAUCUCUACUAGUGGGGACUAGGAUUUGUUUUCCACUUUAAGAGAAUGGCAUGCCCCCUGUGUGGAGGGGAAGAGCUUUGAGUUAGACAUUUUCCCUAUGGGAAUCCUCUUGGUUUGGUUUGUGGGAAGAGGGAAGUGGAUAAAUGGUUUUUAUUUCUAGUCAUCAACACAGCUGUCCUUACACUAAAUCUGUGCUAUUGCAUACAUGUAGCCAUCUUUCUUUUCACUGCAGCAGUGUUUAUCAGUAGUUCAAAAUGAUUUAUUUGCUCCUGGGGAGUAAAACCUUUUUUAUUAAAAAGAAAAAAGAAAAAAAAAAAAAAAAAAAAAAAAAAAGAAAGAAAGAAAGAAAAGAAAGGUGUGCCCUAUUAAGAUAGCUGUAGAAUUGUUGGGCCACAAAAGUCAAGUCUGCAAGUCCCCAUGGCACAUCCUGUUUCGGCAUUGGAGCCUUUGUGCUCAGUAUAGUGUGCCAGGAGGCCUUCCUUGAACAGGGGAGAACAACGUUCUGGGGAGUGAGAUGGGAUUGAGUCACCGAGGGCUCUGGGGACUCGGUCCUGCCGUUGAAAAUAGAGUUCUGAUUCUACAGUCUGCCAGAGAAGGGAGCCUUUCUUUACGUGCAGAUUUCAUGUGUCCUUGACUUUCCAUUGCUUCCUGGUGUCCUGGGUAGGGGUCACCUAGUUUUCUUCUGGUGUCCCUCUUCUCUUUCCUGCCCUUUGUCCUGUUCCUUCCCACGUCAUCUACCUCCCGGAAAGCCAACCCUGCAUGCCGAGUUUGUGACAUGCCUUCACUCCCAUUUCAUCUCAGAGGGUUUUAGAGGGUCCCUGGAGCUGCUCCCUGCCCACUGAUCCUCCUCACAAUGCCUAAAGGCAUCAAGGAGCAAACAAAAGCAGCCAGCUGUAGCGGGCAGACAGCAACAUUGGAUCGCAGCUGGACUGCGAUGGCAGUGCUUCUGGAGACACAUAGGGAAAGUGCGACACUCCUUCAGCCCACUUGAGUGUGACCCCUACUGUACACACACAGCUCAGUGGACAGUGGGCUGGUCUGACCACUCCAUCCCUGGUGCUCCCAUGGGGGACAGGCAAGAUCCAGGCACUGCUCUGGGCAGGCCAGAUAUUGGGCUGCCACACUGGUGCUGCAUGGCACAGGCACUGCUGUGCACUCUGUGGUUUUUCAGAAACUCCAUGCUGAGGGGUGUCAUUCUGGACUCAGUGGUUAGGGGGUUCUUCGUUAGAGGGGAGCCAUACUCCUGCAACCACUCUGUCCUGCUCAGCCACCCCUGCCCUCCGAGCCAAAGCGUGGCCUGGUUUUUGUCUUCCCAUUUAGUUUUCCUCCUUUAUUCUCCCUUUUUGUGCUUAAUUUAUUAAAAUAGUUGCUGUAUAAUUUAUUUUCAUAAAGUAUAAAAAAUAACUAAAUGGUUAAAAUAGACUUGCAGGCCAAUCUUAAAUGGGUGGGAGAUCUGGGGUGGGAUGGGGAGAGGGAAAGAUGUUUUGAUAUAAACAAAACAAAUGCACUUUGGGUGUGUUUUGGUAUUUUUCUGGGCAUAGAGGGGUGGGUGUUGGGAUGUCCCUGUAGAUUAGUUCCAGAAUGGGGUGUCUGUAAAUACUGUAUUAAUAGGCAUGUUUGACUCUUGUAAAGGGACAUUAGUAGCUGCUGCAGGUCCUGUUUGGAAACCCUGUGUAUAAUUCCCGGUUUUUUGUAAGUGUCAGUGCGGGAGACAUUUGACUCUUGUGUUUGUAUCUCCUUUUUAUGAUUGCUGUACCGACCCAUGUCUUUUUGGGGAGGGAUGAAAAGAGAUUUGAAAUAAAAAUGUUUAGAAAUGA